AUGGGGCACGGUUUGGAUCCUACCCUUUGUUGCAAAGCUCCACAAUGGGAAGUCAAUAGGAGCGGGGCGAGCGGCGGCGGGGCGCGGCGGGGCGGUGGGCUCCCCCGGGCACCCCCCGGCCGGCCCCGGCGGCCGCCGCCGCGUCGCGGCCCGCCCCAGAGCGCCUUCCCCGCCGUGUGGUGCGGAGGCGCCCGGCGGGGGGUCUGCGAGCGGCGAGGGCCGGGCCAGGCCGCGGGGCCGUCCGGGGGGGACGGCGGGUCCCCUCGGCCGUCUGUCCGUCCCCCUCGCCCUCGCCUCCCCCGGAGCCGCAGCGCGCAGGCGGCGGGGAGCGGCGGACAAGGCGCGGGAGCCUCCGGUGCGCGGCGGUUCGCUGGGGGUCCGCGUCCCCUCCCCGGGCGCUCGCAAGUGUCGGGGGGGCCGAGCGGAGCCCCCCGGGGGGGGCAGGGUCCGCGCCUCCGGCAUUGCGUGCCCGGUUCUGUCCCUGCAGGAGCCCGGCAGCACUCCGCAUGGGCUGGGGGUCGCACCGGGCAGCACUGUUGCUCUGUGACCCCCCCACCCAAAAAAAAAGUAUGGGGAAGCCAGCCCCAGGGAGGGACCCGCAACACGCAGGGGCUGGGGCUGUGUCCCCCCGGGUGCCUCCAUUCCCCACAGCCCACCGACUCUGUGGGUCGCCCUCAGCGCCGAAGGCCAUUGCAAAGUUUCAUUGCAAGUAGAAAGCCAGAAUUUAUGUUCCCUGUCAGUAACAUCUAGCAAGAUAAACAACAAUUAAAUAAAAAGCCUGACUUUGGCGGGAAGUUGCUGCUUUAAGUUAUACCUCGCUAUAUAUUACUAUUAAAUUGUAUUAGUAGCAACUGCAGAGGCAGGUCCCUGUCCCCAUGGGAAGGGAACCGUGAUCAGGAAGAACAGGUCCUGAAUGCCCCACGGUUGUGCCGCGCAGAACGUAUGGCGAGCACAAACGGCCCAACUGCUGCUCCUAAAGGUGUCAGUGAGCUCCACAAACCUCGGCAUGGCUGUCAUCGUGCAGGCUUGGCAUGAGGUUUUGCAUCCUCCCUGAGCACCUGAGUCUCUCGGGCCAACACCCGGCACGACAGGCAGAGCGAGGAUUGCCGUAGCACUGGAGCUCGGCACGUAGGGAGCGUCUCUCCCGCUUCUCCGCCUGCUUGGGUAAGUCAAGCAAAUGGGUGCCAAUAUGGUGUGACAGGAUUGUCACAUGUGCCUGGGCCAGGGCUGCCUGGGGACCGGAUCUCCUGCAUGUCUCCCCGGCCUCUGGGCCUCAUUUUCAGGGUAAUUUUCUCUCUUGUAAAGGAAAACGUUAAUUGCCAGAGCCAGAAAGCUGCAUAUCAACGGAAUGACUUGGGAGGUGUGAGUAGGUAAACAAUUGUUUGCAUUCUAUCUGUUUUGGAAAAUCAGAAGUGAAGAAUUCCCCUUUCAUCCCAGUCGUUCUUGCUUAGGAAAAAGAAAUGUAGAAUCCUGUUCUGGUGAUAAAAAUGGCUACUUAAAAUUUGUUACUUUUAGGAGCCUAGUCCACCGUCACCAGUGCCAUGAGUGUGUAAUGUUUGUCACUAGCAGUUGAGAUGCUCCUUAGAUAUUUCCUUUAUCCCGUGUUUUCAUAGCAAUGGCUGCUUACGCUUCUACUUUUGGAGACACUUUUGAUUUUUUGUUCUCUUUGAGACUGGAGAAAAGCCGUGCAUCCCCUUGGAUGAAAGAGGCUGAGGGAAAGGCAUACACACCAAAGGUGGAGAGAGCGAAGGAGCACACGUUAACAAGGACCUGUGUGGAGAUGGAAGUAAACACACCCUGGGUGCACGUACCUGGCAGGUCUUAAACCCGUGUUUGUUCCUAAAUCGUGCUGUUCCUUGGCAGAGCGUGCAUCGAGUUGUCCUGACUGUGAAACAAAAGUGAACUGGAAGAGGAAACGGUGUCAGUACCAGACCAGAGAGCAAACAUCAGCGUAGAAGGACUUGAGCCCGCGGUUUCCAAACCCCUGUGUACAAAGUGCACGUUGACGGUUCCUUUCUCAGUGUGCUGUGUUGAUAAUUUAAGGGUGGGGUUUUUUUUCCACAGGUUCAUUGCUGACAGUGAUUUUGUGUUGGGCAUAUAGGCGUGUAUGUGUAAAUAUUAACUGAAAUCCCUCCACACGUAUUGACGUAGGAAAAGCCGUCCUGCUUGACCAAGAGCUGUAUAAUUACAGUACUCCAGCCUCCCGUGGAGGGUUGUGAGAGGAAUAAGAAGGUAUUGAUAUCCUAUGACUUAUUCCUGCAAAUGCAGGGCAAUAAGCUAUUAAAUUACCCUGGUAAAAGCCUGCCCACAGUAGACGCUGAAUCGGUAUAAAUAAAAAUUUUAAAAGUUGUUUCCCUCCCCGAAACAGCUGCAGCACGGGCUGCACGCAGGCCAGGCCCGAGAGUUUAUUAUGAACAUCUUUCACCCCACGUGCACUGGCAGCGUUGGGGAAAGGUGUUUGCCUUCUAAACCCUGGCUGCCCUUUGCCACACAGCUGGAAGAUCCCAGCCAGGCCAGCGGUUCUGUGUGGAGCCCAAGGGAUCAAAGUCCUAUUAAAAGAAACUCGUAUCAUUUCCUCCCCCAGGAGAGAAGUUAAUUUACGGAGGAAACUCUUCCCAUGGGAAUUCAGCCGUUUCCUUGGACACGGCUCUUUUUUUGGGGGGGGGAGGUGGGGGUUUUGGGGUUCUCCUGGGGGAGGACAGGGAGCCCAUGGCAUCUCCUGGUGACCCAGCAUCCGGGGGCCUUUGGUGUAACGCCUACUGGGAGUUACCUGAAGGAGUUCCGCACGGAGCAGUGCCCUCUUUUUGUGCAGCACAAGUGCACUCAGCACCGGCCCUACACUUGCUUCCACUGGCACUUUGUCAAUCAGCGUCGUCGCAGAUCUAUCCGCCGCCGGGAUGGUACAUUUAACUACAGCCCUGACAUUUACUGUACCAAGUAUGAUGAGACCACAGGAAUCUGCCCAGAAGGAGAUGAGUGUCCUUUCUUGCAUAGAACUACUGGAGACACAGAGAGGAGGUAUCACUUGCGCUACUACAAAACUGGAAUCUGCAUUCACGAGACAGACUCCAAGGGAAACUGCACAAAGAACGGAGUUCACUGCGCAUUUGCUCAUGGGCCCCAUGACCUACGUUCUCCAGUGUAUGACAUCAGGGAGCUUCAGGCGAUGGAGGCUUUGCAGAAUGGUCAGACUACAUCUGAAGGUGGCAUAGAGGGUCAGUCUGCAGUCGCUGCUAGCCAUGCUAUGAUAGAGAAAAUACUGAGUGAGGAACCAAGGUGGCAAGAAACAACGUAUGUGUUGGGAAAUUACAAGACAGAGCAAUGUAAGAAACCCCCCCGUCUCUGUCGCCAGGGUUAUGCCUGUCCCUACUACCACAAUAGCAAAGACAGAAGAAGAAGCCCAAGAAAACACAAAUACAGAUCUUCGCCAUGUCCCAGUGUGAAACAUGGAGACGAGUGGGGAGAUCCCAGUAAGUGUGAAAAUGGAGACUCAUGCCAAUAUUGCCACACUCGCACAGAACAACAAUUCCAUCCAGAGAUCUACAAAUCCACCAAAUGCAAUGAUAUGCAGCAGUCUGGCAGCUGUCCCCGAGGACCCUUCUGUGCCUUUGCACAUGUAGAACAGCCUGCGCUGAGUGAAGAUUUACAGCAAUCCUCAGCUGUGUCUAGCCCGACACAGACAGGCCCUGUGAUGUAUAUGCCAUCGGCAGCUGGUGAUUCUGUUCCGGUCAGCCCUUCCAGUCCACAUGCCCCAGACCUUAGCAAUGUGUGGAAUAAAUCAGGAACUCUGCCAACUAGCCCCACCUCCACCACAAUUCUUUGUAGGAACAGCAGUCUCGGAAGCCCAUCUAAUAUAUGUGGGUCUCCUCCUGGUGCCAUUGGAAAGCCGCACAGCUUGGAGACCAUUGGUUUUCCUCCAGACUCAGUAACAGCAGCCGGCAGCUACAAGAAAGCACCGGGGUUUGAGCGAGAAGAUCAGCAAGCAAAAAUGAAGUCUCACUCGCUGGAACACAGGAGCCAGGAGCAACCUUUGUUACAGCCCAAACAGGACAUACUGGGUAUUCUCCCAGUGGGGAGCCCACUGACAUCCAGCAUCUCCUCUAGUAUCACCUCCAGUCUGGCUGCAACGCCACCAAGCCCUGCCGGCACCAGCAGCAUACCAGGCAUGAAUGCCAAUGCCCUUCCUUUCUACCCAACCAGUGACACCGUUGAGUCUGUCAUAGAGUCUGCCUUGGAUGACCUGGACCUGAAUGAAUUCGGAGUGGCUGCCCUGGAGAAGACAUUUGACAGCAGCACAGUGCCCCACACGAGUGGCAUCAUGAUAGGUGGGAGUUUGCUGCAAAGUUCUGCUCCUGUAAAUAUCCCCGGGUCCCUUGGAAGCUCUGCCUCCUUUCACUCUGCCUCUCCUUCUCCACCGGUCAGCCUCUCAUCGCAUUUCCUUCAUCAGCCCCAGGGACACUUAAGCCAAUCAGAAAACACUUUCCUGGGGACAUCAGCUUCUCAUGGAUCAUUAGGUUUAAAUGGGAUGAACAGCAGCAUAUGGGAACACUUUGCUUCGGGGAGUUUUUCGCCCAGUACCUCACCUGCAUUUCUGUCAGGUCCAGGUGCUGCGGAGCUGGCACGGCUACGACAGGAACUGGAUGAAGCCAACGGCACAAUAAAGCAGUGGGAAGAGUCUUGGAAACAAGCCAAACAGGCUUGUGAUGCUUGGAAAAAGGAGGCAGAGGAAGCAAAUGAUCGCGCCAACACAGCUAACAUGGAAUGUGAACUGGCCCGGGAGCAGAGGGAAGCCUUGGAGCUGCAAGUGAAGAAACUGCAGGAGGAGCUGGAGAGGAUCCACACAGGCCAGGACCCUCAGUUUCUGCGCUCCUUCUCUGAUCUGGAAUCACUCUCGCUCUCUUCGCUUUACACCCUUCAGAAACAGCUGCGGGCAAACCUGGAGAAAGUCGAUAAGGCGGUAUUUCAGAUGCAGUCAGUGAAAUGCCUUAAGUGUCAGGAGGAGAACCGGGUGGUGUUACCGUGCCAACACGCAGUGCUGUGUGAAACGUGCGCCGAGGAGGGCGAGUGCCCCAUCUGCCAUCCCAACAGGCCCCACUCUCUCCAGUCGUGACCUUCCAAGGACACUUGUUCUAAUCAUAUCGUAUAGAACUUUUUAACUUUAUACAUACAUACAUAUAUAUGUAUGUGUAUAUAUAUAUGUAUAUAUGUGUGUGUGUAUCUGCAUGUUUGUGUAUGUAUAUAUAUGCACACACAUGCACAUACACACAUAAAACAAAAAUUAGUUGCAGAGCACUUUUUAAUAUUUUACAUCCCGUAUCUAAACUGCCCCUCACCUGUGCCCCACUAAUUCUAACUCUUGAGGAACUUUGAGAGCUGUUUUUAAUACAGAUCAAAGGGCCAUUUGCAAAGAGUCUGUGUUUCUCCUCUUUUCUAUUUAGGUGAUAACAAAUUUUUGACUAUUUCCAGAAGGAUUUAGAGUGGGCAAGAGGGGCUUCCAUGUGCUUUCCAGAGGAAGAGUUGAGAUCACAGGGAGGAUCGAGGUAGAUUGAAAUGACUUGUUCAUGUCUUCGGUCUCCCUGCUCUUUCACUGACCCAGCUUGGUUAAAGCCGUCCUCCCUGAUGGAAGCUCUGCUGGGUGCCUGCCUGGUGGGCCUCACGUUGCCGAUCUCUGAAUGUGCAGGAACUUUGUCUGUCAUUUAAUCAGCAAAGUUCGCUUUUUAAAUUUUUUUUACACUCUUUGUAUAUUUCUAUGAAAAGAAGAAAAGAGGGAAAAAAAAAAAAAAGGUAUUGGACCUAGAGCAAGCCAAGCCCCAAAAUUCAGUGACUAGUGUUCACUGCUGAUACAGCUAACGUGUUCCAGGUCUGAGCAGCCUUAGAAGCAUUGCCCUUGUGUCGGCUAAAGCCCUUUAUGAAAGAAAUAUAGCUGCAGAGGUUAUUUUUCUCCAGGCGCCCCUUUGUCUGGUGGCUGUCUAGAGGCUUUUUACUGUUGCAGACCAGAUUAAUUUUGCUUUAGCCACAAGGACCUGAUUCAUAGUCAUUGCUGAAAUGCAUGAAACAGUUCCAGGUAGUCUGAGGACACUUUUGUUGAGCAGAGUCGAUGUUGCCUGUGUCAGCAACUCAAGGAUGGUUUGUGGACUACUGGGUCCAGAAGCUGUCAUGCUAGAGAUCAUGUAUGCCUGUGGUGACAGAGAAAGACCAGCAUGACAAAGAAAUGCCACCAGCUUAGACCUGUCCAGUAGCUGAGCUUUCCUGUGACUUUCUUUACCAGUGUGUUAAUUGGAUUUUUACAUCAGGUGGAUUGCAGUAACCUGCUGGGAUCUCAACCAAAACGCCACUCGGUUGUCUAAACAUUUUUAUUUUGCAUGGGAAUGGUGCCUGUGCUACCCCUCCCUGACCUGGAAAAGCACUGGAACCUCCAGCAGCCCACUGUUGUAGGAAAACUGAAUUUUUACCGGAGCCGCUCAGAAAGCUUCAUAUUUAAUGCAAAGACAUAAUUAGGUUUGCUUCCAUAAUUCCACCUUUCCUUUACAUGGAAGGGGUUAAUAUGCAUUCCCAGAUGAUCUCUUAAGUGCAGCUCUGUGUAGUUCUUUUUUAUGUUUUUCCCAUUAACUUGUUUUUGGGUUUUUUGGUAAAAAAUGCUUUUUUUUUUUUCCAUGUGUAUUUUAUUGUAACUAGCAUCAGUUUUUUUAAUAUUUUUUUUAAUGGAGAGACACUGUUGAGUGACUAUUGUGGCUAUGUUGUUUGGUUAUAGCCUUUGAAUGUCUGUGCCAUGGGGCAGCGCAUCUGCCUUGGUCUGAUCUUAAGGAAAGACCUUUUAUUAAAAUACAUGAACAUUUCUUUUUUAGGAAAAUAAUAAAAAAUAAAAAGAAAAAAGUGAGGGGAGGAGGAAAAAGCCCAAUUAAGAUAAAAAUUUACUAAAAAGUUUUUGUAACUACCUUAAAUCAUAGGAAAUAAACUCUUGAAUCAGGUCUUUAAUAUUUAUAAGAACCAGAGUUGAUCAGCCUGUUUUGGCUAUUGGUUUGUAACACUUACUUUUUAUUAGCGUGGUGGUUUAUCUGCUCUCCUGCCUCCCUGUGGGACUGUUCAGGGUGACGCUGCCUUUGGCCAACCCUCUGAUUUCAGAACGGUCUGGCACCUGGCUGCGUGACUGCCUCUUGAUUCCCACCGGGGCUCUUCACCUCGUCCCUUCUCUUUGAGUGAAACUCAUCCACUGGUAGCAGCUCUGGCUGUCUCAGUGGGAUUUCCAGUCACGGUGUGAUGCAGGGCUAUUGGAUCUAGGGGGAAGAGAUAUUUGCCCCCAGUUCCUCUGGGGGCACAUUGCUUAGGCAGGGGGGUACAAGGAAAAUUCCAAGCCAGAGAAAGCAUGUUUUUUUCCCUUCUGCAUAAAACAGUUUCUCUGGUUUAAAACUUAUACUGAAGGACCAAAGAAUUCAAAACUUCGCUCAUUUGUGGCCCUUAAAUUCUAACUUUCUAUCGCCACACUGCACUCAUGGCAGAACAGCCUGAAGGAAUUAGCACUAGCCCCUUCCCUUGCCCCCACCCCGGUGUAUCUCAGCACUCUCUUUGCACAAGCACAUAGACUGUUUCUCACUUUCCUCUGGUUCUUUAAGAAACACUUCCUAAAUUUAGGUUUCUAUGAAUUUGCUGCUUUAUUAAAAAAAAAAAAAAAAAAAAA